GCGGCAGAAGCCCCUCCUCUCCUGCCGAGGCUGGCCUGGAAACGGAGACGGGAAGACAGCGAGGAAACCCCGGAGGAAGCCCCCGCCCCCUGCUUCCCUCCUGCUGCAACUUGCUGCAGUGUUGGGGCGCGCGAGCGAGGGAGUGCGUGCGUGCGUGCGUGCGCGAGCGAGCGAGUGCGCGAGAGGGCGCGCGUGCUGGUCCCGGGCUGGCUGCCUGGCUGCCUGGGUGCCCCGCUCCGCUCCGCUCCCGAUGUCACAUGUGCUUCCUACUGGGGCGGCGAGCGGGCGGCUCUGCUGCUGCUGCUGCGGCUGCACGACGGCGGCGGCUCUUGCGGCUCUUGCGGCGGCGUCGUCGGAGGAUGCUGCGGCAGGCGAUCCACAGAGGGCUCCAGUCGUUCUGCCGCCAGCUGGGCUUGUUCGUGAGCCGGCACCCGGUCUUUUUCCUCACCGUGCCGGCCGUGCUGACGCUGAUCUUCGGCUCGAGCGCGCUGCACCGCUUCCAGCUGGAGCGGGACCUGGAGCGGCUGGUGGCGCCGAGCCACAGCCUGGCCAAGAUCGAGCGGCGCCUGGCCGGCAGCCUCUUCCCGCUGGACCGCGCCAAGGGCCAGCUCUACUCGGACUUGCACCCGCCGGGCCGCUUCGGCCGCCUGCUCCUCCUGGCCAAGCCCGGCGGCAAUGUUUUGCUCCAGGCGGAAGGACUGCUGCAGAUCCACCGAGCCGUGCUGGAAAUGAAGGUGAACCACAAAGGCUAUAAUUAUACUUUUUCCCAUCUGUGUGUGUUGAGGAGUCAGGAUAAGAAAUGCGUGCUGGAUGAUAUAAUUUCAGUGCUAGAGGAGCUGAGGCAGGCUGCCCUCGCCAAUAAGACCGCGGCCAGGGUGCCAGUCAGCUAUCCCAACACUAAAUUGAAGGAUGGAAGAAGCACUUUUAUUGGCCAUCAGCUUGGUGGAGUCUUGGAACAGCCCAACAGCAAGGACCAAAGGGUCAAGUCAGCCCGAGCCAUCCAAGUCACUUACUACCUCCAGACCUACCAUUCUACGGCUCAGGAUCUCAUUGGGGAAAAAUGGGAGAAUGAAUUUUGCAGACUGAUGCAGAAGCUGCAGCCCCAAUACGAGGACCUGCAGCUCUACUCUCUGGCCUCCUUCAGCCUGUGGAGAGACUUCCACAAGACCAGCAUCCUGGCCAGGAGCAAGAUCUUGGUGAGCCUGAUGCUCAUCCUGAUGGCGGCUAUCUUCUCCAGCUCCAUGAAAGACUGCCUCCGCAGCAAGCCCUUCCUUGGCCUCCUGGGAGUGCUCACUGUCUGCAUCUCCAGUGUCACUGCGGCAGGGAUAUUUUUCAUUACUGAUGGAAAAUAUAACUCGACUCUGUUGGGAAUCCCUUUCUUCGCAAUGGGUCAUGGAACAAAAGGAGUGUUUGAGCUUUUGUCAGGAUGGCGUCGAACCCGAGAGAACUUGCCAUUCAAAGACAGAGUUGCAGAUGCCUACUCUGACGUGAUGGUUUCCUACACCAUGACAAGCUGCUUGUACUUUAUAGCCUUUGGGAUGGGUGCCAGUCCUUUCACCAACAUUGAGGCUGUGAAGGUCUUCUGCCAGAAUAUGUGCAUCUCCAUCCUGUUGAACUACUUCUAUAUUUUCUCGUUCUUUGGCUCCUGUCUUGUCUUUGCUGGGCAGUUGGAGCAGAAUCGUUACCACAGUAUCUUUUGCUGCAAAAUCCCCUCUGCAGAAUAUCUGGAAAGGAAGCCUGUUUGGUUCCAAACUAUGAUGAGUGAUGGCCACCAACACUCUUCUCAUCAUGAAACUGAUCCAUACCAGAAUCAUUUCAUCCAACAUUUCCUACGGGAGCAUUACAAUGAAUGGAUAACUAACAUCUAUGUUAAGCCAUUUGUGGUGAUACUUUAUCUUAUAUAUGCUUCUUUCUCCUUUAUGGGCUGCUUGCAGAUCAGUGAUGGAGCCAAUAUUAUCAAUCUCCUCUCCAGCAAUUCACCAAGUGUGUCCUAUGCCCUCAUUCAGCAGAAAUACUUUAGCAAUUACAGUCCAGUCAUAGGGUUCUACAUUUAUGAACCUCUUGAGUACUGGAAUAGCACUGUACAAGAAGACUUAAAGAAACUGAGUGAAGGCUUCAACACACUAUCCUGGCUCCAACAAUAUUACCAGUAUCUAAGAGCUGGGAACAUUACUGCCACUAAUAAAAGUGACUUCCUUAGCAUACUUCAAAACUCGUUCUUAAGAAAGCCAGAAUUCCAGCACUUCAAAAAUGACAUCAUUUUCUCCAAGGCUGGGAAUGUGAAUAGCAUCAUUGCUUCUCGUAUGUAUCUUGUGGCUAGGACUAGUGAAAAAACACAGAGAGAUAUUAUUGAGUUAUUGGAGAAACUAAGACCGUUGUCUCUGAAACAAAGCAUCAAGUUCAUAGUAUUCAACCCUACCUUUGUCUUCAUGGACCAGUACAGCUUAUCAGUAACUAUGCCUGUCUUGAUUUCCAGCUUUGGCAUUUUGCUGGUGUUGUUACUCACCUUUUUCCUCGUUAUUCAUCCCCUGGGGAACUUCUGGCUAAUUCUCACUGUCACCUCAAUUGAGCUAGGUGUCCUGGGCUUGAUGACAUUAUGGAAUGUGGACAUGGAUUGUGUUUCUAUACUGUGCCUUAUUUACACUCUAAAUUUUUCCAUAGAUCACUGUGCACCCCUGCUUUACACAUUUGUAUUAGCAACCGAACACACACGAACUCAGUGCAUAAAAAGUUCACUCCAAGAACACGGAACAGCAAUUUUGCAAAACGUUGCUUCUUUUCUUAUCGGAUUGGUCCCCCUCCUUUUUGUGCCUUCAAACUUGACCUUCACACUGUUCAAAUGCUUGCUGCUCACCGGCAGUUGCACACUUCUGCACUGUUUUGUUAUUUUACCUGUCUUCCUAACAUUUUUCCCACCCUCCAAAAAGCACCACAAGAAAAAGAAACGGGCCAAAAGAAAGGAGCGGGAAGAAAUUGAGUGCAUAGAAAUCCAAGAGAAUCCCGAUCACGUGACAGCAGUCUGAAAGCCACACAGUCAUGUGUUUGUGUGUUUUUAUUACCUAAAAAUGUUACACAGAGCUGCAGGGAAAGUAGAGUAAAGCUCUCCACUGCUUGCGCUGGCCCAUGUGAAACAAGACCAAGGAAGCCCAAGAAAGGAGCAUUUCACAGAGGGAGGUGAAGGUGUUGUUAAAAUAAUAACAAUCUUUUUUAAAAUGGAAAAGAAUGGAGAUAGGGAAACAACACUCCAGUUGUUUUUUCCUUGAAUGCUGUCACUUCAACAAGGGCAAUGUUUAUUACCAGUUGUUUUUUUUUAAAAAACACACACAAAUAAGUUUGAUUCAAGUAACCAGUUUUAAAAGAAAGAAAGGUCACAAGAACUCAAGCUGGAGAAAAUAACAACAACAAUAAUAACAACAGAAACAAGGAAAAAUAAGUUGUGGCCGUAUUGUAUUCUUAGAGGUUGGUCGAACUUAAAACCUAUGCAGCUGGGAAGUAGAUUUUCAAUCAUUCUAAGCCAAAGUACUUCCCUACUCAGAGUCCUUCCCUACUAUUACACAUCUAUAUGUCACAAUUGAAAUUAAUGUAAUUAGUCCAGUGAACAAAUCAGUACUUUCCCAUAAUGUAAGAAUUGUACGUAUGGAAGAGGAAUCUAGCAGACAGCUUUUACAAAAUUGCCAUUUGAUAGUAUCCCCAGUGUGAUUAAACUGGCCAUCAGAACCAGUAAUUUUUACAACACGGUAUACUUGAAUUCAGGGAAACAUCCCAGGUUUCAGCCAUUGCGGUACUACGUACGAUUACUGCAGUGCUGUCCUUUUGCUUCCUACACAUUAUCUGUAUCAACAUUAGACACAGAAUACUAAUCAGGUGGAUGUAUCAAUAGAUCAUACUCCAUAGACACAGCAUGGUGACCUUUUUUGUGCCAGGCUUCAGUGUCGAGCACAGCACCAUGUCUGAAGUUCCAAGAUAAGGAAUACAAUUUUGCCUCUUUAAAUAUUAUCUGAAAUGCAUGUGUUUCACAUCUCUUUUGCCAAACCGAUCCACUGACUAUGCUUCUUGCCACACAAACACACACACAAUAAUAAUCAAAGUUAUUAAACAUAAAAAAUAUCAGGCUGCUUUUGAAAUUGAUUUUUAUAAAACAUUGCUGUUCAAUGCCUGAUAGAAUGUCUGUGAUCAAAACAAAGCUUUAGGGUGAUGAGAAUUAUAGAUUAAUGCAGUAAAUUUGUUUUUUACUGCAUGAGAAUAGAGUUAUCCUGUAACAAAAAGACAGUCUAUGCUUACACAAUAUACAUGCUUAGAAGCGCAAAAGAAAGAGUAGAAAGAGAAUGAAGCCUAUAAUACUCCCAAGAGAGUGAAAUUUCACUCUCGAGUUAAGCCACGUAUUUCUCUUUUUCCAAAGGCAUUUUAGAAAGCGUUUACUUUCUGCAUUUUUGAAUGCAAUCUAGCCUUGCAUAAACAAGCAAUGUCUUCCUGGAAAUAUAUUGUGCAUAUUUAUUAUUAUUAUUGUUGUUCAAAUGUAAUGUCAAGUGGAAUAAUAUGGGAAGGGUUUCUGGUCUUAACAAUUUCUUCCUUUUUUUGAGGAGUUCUGUUCCAUUCUCAGGCAACUACAUCUCUCCUUGUGUGAGGUCAGCUCAGUAACAUUUUCCUCAACGUCCUCACCUCAUAUUUAGAUAAUGUGUGUUGCAAAGCUCUGAGGUGAGGAAAUGUGGCUUAGUGGAUACAUGAGUGAGAGAUGCUCCAGGGUCUUCCAGUAAAAGGUUUGGUUAGCCCAAUGCUAUGUGCAUAGACCUCCUGGCAAGCCAGGGAGGGAAGACAGCUUCUUGAUUCCUCUCCUGAUCCAAACGUCAUCUGCAGCCAUGCACCAAGUUCUUUAUUGUACUGGACAACCUCUCCUCCAUGACACCUGAGCUGUAAAAGGAUUGUGAUUAUGUAAUUAUCUAAUCUAAAGCCAUAUUUUUUGCAUACCAUACAGCGUAGCACUGUGUCAACCGUUGGCCCAUCUAAUAGUUAGGUUUCAGUUCUAAUUCUGACAGCUGAUAACAAUUCAGGUUUGCGGGCAAAGAUUUUUCCCAGCACAGAUAUCCUUUCAAAUGGCAAUACCGGAAUUGAAUACAGAAUGUUCUGCAGGGAAAAUAUGUGCCUACCACAGACCUGUUCUCUCUCCUUCUAAUGUGUUUUGGGGCAGUCGUUCCUCCCCAGUGGAUAUUUUUCAGGAGAAGUACCGUCUAAGCCCCCUUCUACACUGCCAUAUAAUCCAAAUUAUCAAAGAAGAUAAUCCACAUUAUCUGCUUUGAACUGGAUUAUAUGAGUCAACACUGCCAUAUGCUCCAAUUCAAAGCAAUUAAUCUUGAUUUUAUAUAGCGUAGAAGGGGCCUUAAAUGCAACUGCUUUCAGAAUCUCUAUGCAUGUCUUCCGUUUCCAAUAUUGUCAUUUGGAAAGUUAUUACAGAUGGCAAUUUCUGAUGGGAAAACAUAAAACAUAGAAGACCUGGGUUGCUGUGAGUUUUUUCGGGCUGUAUGAACAAAACCUGGUUACCAUUAUUAAAAACACCAGAAUCAAUAUAGUAAAUAAAGAACACCACUUAGAAACAGGGGAAUUCCAGACAGCAAACACGUGCCCAUUAACACCUCCCAAACAAAGGAUGCCUCCAGGCAGCAAAGGCCAAGCUUUGCAGUUGCAAGGAUACUCAGUGCUAAUCAAGCUGGCUAAUUGCAACAUUCACACAUGCUUCAAACAGACAAGAGUUCUUUCUCCCACCCUGGCCAUUCCACAGAUAUAUAAACCCCACUUGCCACUUGCCUCGCAACCUCUGAGGAUGUGGGCAAAAUGUCAGGAGAGAAUGUUACUGGAACAUGGCCAUACAAUCUAAAAUACUCACAGAAAACCAGUAAUUCUGACCAUGAAAACCUUCGACAACACAUAGAAGACAUGGUUUGGAAUGGAAACGGCAGACAAAUAUGACCAGGUUGGCAUGCAUUUGUGCAAGCCAUUUUCUGCAAUGGCUACUAACCAUCCUCCAGAAUUAUAUUUGCAUGAACCAUGGGACCGAUCCAUCCAUUCUUUUAGAUAAAAGAAACUUAUUUCUGUUUGUUUUAUCUGAAACAAAAAAAAGUUUUUGCUUGUAAGAAAACUAAUGAUAAGACCUCCAAAGCUGUUAUCAGUGAACUUUUUGAAACUGUACAGGAAGAUAUCAAAAUAAAUGUGAAAUAAUGGUUUUUUUGGCCUGAUUCCCUAGCAUUUUCAAAAGUUGGUGUUGCAAUCCAAUAAAUAUAUACUCUUUAAACACUUUCAGAUGUGUAAUUAUAUGUUGCCAUUUGCUUCCUUUCGGUAGAGUUCCAAGCUGGAUAGAUCAGGACAAUGCUGUGGAUGUAGUAUAUCUUGAUUUCUGUAAAGCCUUUGAUGGCUGCCCUCAUGCAAAGAUAGUUAUAUGUGGUUUUGUAACUGGUUAAUGGUCCAACUGCAAAAAGUACUUACCUCUUUAUUCUGGGGCCCCUUUCACACAGCCGAAUAAAAUCCCACAUUAUCUGCUUUGAACUGGAAUAUAUGGCAGUGUGGACUCAGAUAACCCAGUUCAAAGCAGAUAUUGUGGACUUUUCUGCUUGAUAUUCUGGGUUAUAUGGCUGUGUGGAAGGGCCCUUGGAAAGUGAGGAACAAGUGGGAAGAAUCUCAAAAGAAACCAGGUUGAAUAGACAAAGGACUUGCAGCUGAGCUGAAGUUUAAUUGAAAGAUGGGGGAAUCCUCAAAGAGGAAUUCAAGCAAAUACUUGCUUGCAGGGAGAAAUUCAGAAAAAAAAGCUCAGAAUGACCUUAGGGCCCUUCCACAAAGCCAUAUAACCAAGGCAGAAAAUCCCACAAUAUCUGCUUUGAACUGGUUUAUCUGAGUCCACACUGCCAUAUAUUCCAGUUCAAAGCAGAUAAUAGACAUUUUUUUCAGCUGUGUGGAUGGGGCCUUAGGCUUGUCAAAGCGGUUAUAAAUAAUAACAAAGGUUUAUUUGUUAUAUUUGGAGCACGAGGAACAAAGAAAUGGUAUGUGCCCUCUGUGAAGAUGAUAGCAUGCUACAAUGGGACAAAGGACAUGACGAAGUGUGAGCUGGAUGAACAGCAUUCAAAGAAACUGAAGGAAUUUGCAGGUGUAAUGUGAAGACACUCUGCCUGCGAUCAAUGAGAAUUCUCAGAACACGUGGAAACUCAACAGACUGGAAGAAAGCCAAUUUUCUCCCCAUAUUUGAAGAAGGAAACAGGAGGCAUCAAGUUACUGGUGUGCCUGAUUUUAAUAACAUGAAGUUUUCCAAAAUAGAUAAUCAGACAGCCAACAUUUGAAUACUUAGAAAUUAUCCCAUUGUUCAUUCAAAAAGUCAUGCCAAUAUAAAUUUGCUUGCUUUUUUCCUUUUUCUUUGUCUUUCGUUCUUUGGUUGAUAUGGUAGAGCUAUUUAAGAUUCCCUGUGAUAAUCUUGCAGGGAAGCUGGUAAAAUGAGGCUGUAAAAUGUUAAUAUAUAGCUGUUAUUUGUAGCUGGUUGAUGAAAAUGAACUGAAAGAGUACUGGAUUGCUGAGAGCUUUCCGGGAUGUAUGGCCAGAAGCAUUCUCUCCUGACAUUUCGCCCAUAUCUAUGGCAGGCAUCCUCAGAACUUGUGAAGUCUAUUGGAAAUCAGGCAAGUUGGGUUUAUAUAUAUUAUUAUUUGUUAUUAUAUAUGGGAAUUUCAACAGAAAGGAGGAAACUAUGAAAAUGAACAAAAUCUGGCUAUAGUAUUUCUUUUAAAAAACAAAACUCUAAAAUCAGGAUAGUACAAAAAAGACACACUCAGAAAACAAAAUUCCAGACAGGAAACAAUCAGGACCAGCUAACACCUCCCAAUAAAGCAGUGGUUCUCAACCUGGGGUCCCCAGAUGUUUUUGGCCUUCAACUCCCAGAAAUCCUAAUAGCUGGUUAACUGGCUGGGAUUUCUGGGAGUUGUAGUCCAAAAACAUCUGGGGACCCCAGGCUGAGUACCACUGCAAUAAAGGAUUCCUUCAGGCAGGAAGCAGCCAGGCUUUGAAGUUGCAAGGCCAUUCAAUGCUAAUCAAGGUAGCCAAUUGCAACAUUCAAACUUGCUUCAGAUGAGCUUUCUCCCACCUUGGACCUUCCACAGAUCUAUAAAUCCCUCUUGCCUAAUUUCCAACAGACCUCACAACCUCUGAGGAUGCCUGCCAUAGAUGUGGGUGAAACGUCAUGAGAGAAUGCUUCUGGAACAUGGCCAGAGAGACCAGAAGACUCACGGCAACCCAGUGAUUCCGGCCAUGAAAGCCUUCAACAACACAUUGAAAGAGUACUUACUAAUCUUUCCUCAUUAUCUUGGAGGAAAUGAGGAUUGAGGUGCUACAGGAUUCUGUCCUGAUGUUGCUCAGCAUCUGUACAAAUUUUAUGACGUAAUGCCAAACUGGCAGGAAAAGUGAAUGCCCCAGAAAACAGAUUUACCUCAAUAGAUUGGAAAGUUGGGGCAAAAUUAACAAAAUUAAUUAUAAUAAGGAUAAAGGUAAAAUCUGCACUUAGGAAAAAUCAGAUACAUAAGUAUAGGAUGGACAAACUGGCUUAACAAGUAAUCCAUGUGUAAAGGAUCCAGGAAUUGUGACCACAUCCUAAACGUAGCUUGUAAAUGUGAUGCAGAAAGGGGGCUAACUCAGUUCUAGAGUACAGAAACAGAGUUCUAGUCACAGAAAGUAAUAGCAUUUUAUUCUGCUUUGGUUAGACUUCACCAGGUAUACUUUGUCUGGUUCCACAUACUGCAAUUUAUAAAGAAAAGUGUAAAAUCCCAUCUCAGAACAGAAAGUUUGAGCAACUUGGCCAUGUUUAGCCCAGAAGAGGGGGCAGGAUAACUAUUAUAACUAGAUAACUGUUUUCAAAUAUCUGGAAAUAAUAGAGAAAAUUUAUGUUUUUUACCACUCCAGAGUGUAGCACCCAAGACAAUGGAUUUGUAUUACAAAGAAGAAAAUGUUGGAUAAACCUUAGGAAGAACAUCCUGUAAGAGCUGUUCAGCAGUGGAACAAAGUAUCUUAGGCCCCAUCUACACUGCUAUAUAAAAUCCAGUUUAUCUGCUUUGAACUGGAUUAUAUGGCAGAGUAGACUCAUAUAAUCCAAUUCAAAGCAGAUAAUCUGGAUGAUCUGCUUUGAUAAGGAUGAUAUUGCAGUGUAGAUCCAGCCCCAGAAGGUGGUGGAUUUUCCUUUGGAGCUGUUCGUGGUCUUACGUCAGUAAUGCUUUAGCCAAUUUUCACAUCAGUUGCAUGUCGGAUGCAUACAACACUUUUUAAGAACUUGUCACACAAACAUUUAGUGUGUACUCUUAUGUAUACAUUUUCUCAGAACUUUGGCAUGGUUCAAAAGUGUAAUACAUAUUUCCCCAUAACAUUGUUGAUAUUGUUUUAAAUUAUGCAAAUUAUAUCACCUGAUUUUUGCUUGAUGGAUACUUUUAAUACAGCUAAGGUUUUACAGAACUAUACAGUCAAAUAUUCCCAUGGAAUCUGAAUUGAUGUUUUGUGGAAACGAGAGUCGUUGGCAUCUUUGUGGUAGAGUGAGCAAUGAAUCAUACACAUCCAUGGAAUGUUAACCAUUUUCUGAAGUCAUAUAAUGAAGGUGCAUUUUGUUUGGUGACGGAUAUAAGAAAUAUUUGGCUUUUUUCGUAUUAGGAACAACUUGAGAAACUGCAAGUCGCUUCUGGUGUGAGAGAAUUGGCUGUCUGCAAAGACGUUGCCCUGGGGAUGCCCGGAUGUUUUACUAUCCUGUGGGAGGCUUCUCUCAUGUCGCCGCAUGAGAAGCUGGAACCGACAGAUAGAAGCUCACCUUGCUCCUUGGACUCGAACCGCCAACCUUUCGGUCAGCAGUCCUGCUGGGUCAAGGGUUUAGCACCACCAGAGCCACCAAUAUUUGGCUGUUCAUGAUACAAACAAGACUAAAAGAUGGAAAGUAGUUUUGCAUAGCGCUAGGCAUAGUUUGAUAUGGCUUGUUCUACAUUCAAUUAAUUAAUACAUUUCUAAGAGCUCUCCAAGUCUUGUCAGAAGACAUCAUAAAUGUGUGCUUCCCAGGGUUACUUAUGUUCUUGUUUGUCUUAUUCAGAAUCUCAGCUUCAAACAGGGUAGGUGAUUAGUCAGAGUAACUUCCAAGAAUGCAAAAUAUUCUUCUAGUCUUCCACGAAUGUAACUAUUUUGAUUAAAUAUGGUACAUAUAAAGGUGCAUACUACAUUGUGAAAAUAUGGUAACCUAAAACUGAUUUUUGAGAUAGAUUUGUUUAUUUUCUUAAAAGCAGUUUUGAGCAGCCCAUUUAAUUGUGAAUCAGGACCAAGGGCUUUCCAAUUUAGAAAAAAAAAAAUCUAAGUUAAGCCUGCUUCUAGUUAGAACUGGUCUGCUGCAUGGUUUUGGCUAUCUGCAACACUUUUCAAUGUGUCACUAGUGCUAAAAAGGGCUACCAUGGAAUAGCAGUACAAAACGAAACAAUGGGAAAUAAACAAAUUCCACCAACAACAGUCAUCAGUACGUGGUAUAGAAGUAAUCCUUACACUGCCUUCAGUGUAAAUGAUCUGCUGUUGUCUAACAACAAUGGCAACAACAAAAUAAUCUAGAGCUCAAUGCUUUUAAAAUAAUGCGUUUUAUCUAAUUUGUUAUAGAAUGCACUCUAAUGCACUCUGUUGCACUAUAUUUUUAAAAUCUGUCAAUUGUGAAUACCAUGCAUUCAUGUACAGUAUUUCCUCCCAUGUACACGUUCUCAUUAUUUGCUACUGUGCUUAACUACUAACAAUUCUGUUUGUUGCACACUAUGUUUUUUUCAUGUUAAUAAACAAAUUUCCAAUUGC